AUGCUUAUUGUCAAUCUAAACGAACCGUCAAAAACAAUUCAAGUGAAAAGUAACGCUGAAAUUAAUUCAAAUAUUGUUGCUGAAGGAGCUUAUGCAGUGGAUAAACCUGAUCUUACUGUUCUUGUCUCGUUCAAACAUGUAGCAAUAGCACCGGAUAAUCAUGAACAACUUGAUCAACUUCUAUCUUUAGUUAUGUCUACUCUUGGUGAAUUAUAUAAAUCAUUAGUUUGCAUACGUUUACCAACGAUGUUCGAUAAUCAAAUUGAUAUUGAUAAACUUGAAAUUAAAAAUAAAAUUUCAUGGUUCAUGUCUGUUAAAAACGAUAAUAUCAAGUUUUAUCCAGACAAUCGUUUAAAACCUGAACAAGAACAAUAUGAAUUAAUAACUGAUAAACAAUUAAUAUUAAAUCAUUCGGAAACAUUAGUUACAAUGAUGAUUAGAGAAGGUUUUUGGUGUAAACCAUGGGAUUUAGAAGAAAUGAAAAAUCGAAUCAAUUCAGCAACACACAUUGCAAUGAUAUUAGAUAAAAUAAAUAAUUCUCCUUGUGGUUUCGGACGAUUAUUUACAUUGAAAACUAAUGAUACAAUAUUUGGAUACGUAUCAGACAUUGUCGUGGAUAGUUCUCAUCAAUCUAAAGGUUUUGGAAGAAUUAUCAUUAACUAUCUUGUUGGAAUGUCUGUUAACAACAAUGAAAAACAACAAAAUCAUGAUGUGACGCUUUGUUUACAAUGCGCCAAUGAAGGUACCGGAGCAGUAUCUGCACCAAAAUUGUAUAGCAGAUCAGGUUUCGAGUAUAUUGGAGAUAUUGAUAAUCGUAUUGCUAUUUUUGUUAAUAAUGAGUAUUAUUCUAGGACAUAA